AGCAGUGAGAGUGUGUGAGUGUCGGGUAAAUAGGCGCUCGUGCUGUGAAGGGGGGAUGGGAUGGGGCCACUCAGAGCUCUCGUGCUCCACUAACUCAGCGCGCUCAUUAAUCCUAGUUUUCUCCUUUAUAUCGAUCCAGUUUUAAAUUUAAAUUCAAAUUCAUCUUUCCCGUUACCGCAUGUGUUACGUGGCAUCAGAAAAGCAAGAAGUAUCGGUCUGCGGGUGAAUUUUGGUGCAGAAAGCGUUUAAAAUGUAUCCCAUUGGAGCAGCUAGUGCUGCUGAGCUGUGUCAGGAACCUCAGUCUUCAGGGUCAGAUGUUUCUGCUCCCCUGUCUCCUCCAGCACAAGAGUAUGUCUUCAAACCACCUCAACGGCCAGACUUUGGCACAAUGGGUAGGACAAUCAAGCUUCAGGCCAACUUCUUUGAAAUGGAAAUACCCAAGUUGGAGGUGUACCAUUACGACAUAGAUAUAAAGCCUGAGAAAUGCCCACGGAGAGUUAACCGUGAAAUUGUUGAGCACAUGGUCCAGCACUUUAAGACACAGAUCUUUGGAGAUCGAAAGCCUGUGUAUGAUGGAAGGAAGAAUCUCUACACUGCCAUGCCUUUACCCAUUGGAAGAGAGAAAGUGGAGCUAGAGGUCACAAUUCCAGGCGAGGGAAAAGACAGGAGUUUUAAAGUAGCUAUCAAAUGGGUGUCCUGUGUGAGUCUGCAAGCUCUACAUGAAGCACUGACUGGACGGCUACCAAACAUUCCUUUUGAGACCAUUCAGGCUCUGGACGUUGUCAUGAGACAUUUGCCCUCUAUGAGGUACACCCCAGUCGGACGUUCAUUCUUCACUCCCUCUGAGGGCUGCUCCAACCCCCUCGGUGGAGGAAGAGAAGUUUGGUUUGGCUUCCAUCAGUCUGUUCGACCAUCCCUUUGGAAGAUGAUGCUCAACAUUGAUGUGUCUGCCACUGCAUUCUACAAAGCUCAACCUGUGAUUGAGUUCAUGUGUGAGGUUUUGGAUUUUAAAAGCAUCGAAGAGCAACAGAAGCCCUUAACGGAUUCCCAGAGAGUGAAGUUUACCAAGGAAAUCAAAGGACUGAAGGUUGAAAUCACUCACUGUGGACAGAUGAAGAGAAAAUACAGGGUGUGUAAUGUGACUAGGAGACCAGCCAGCCAUCAAACGUUUCCCUUGCAGCAAGAGAAUGGCCAGACCAUUGAAUGCACUGUUGCCCAGUACUUCAAGGAUAAGUACAAACUGGUGCUGCGAUAUCCACAUCUCCCAUGUUUACAAGUUGGUCAGGAGCAAAAACACACCUACCUUCCAUUGGAGGUCUGUAACAUAGUAGCCGGACAGAGAUGCAUCAAGAAACUGACAGACAAUCAGACCUCCACUAUGAUACGUGCCACAGCCAGGUCUGCGCCUGACCGCCAGGAUGAGAUCAGCAAACUGAUGAGAAGUGCCAACUUCAACACUGAUCCUUAUGUGCGUGAGUUUGGAGUUAUGGUAAGAGACGAGAUGACUGAGGUCAAUGGUCGGGUCCUUCAGGCACCUUCAAUUCUCUAUGGUGGAAGGGUAGGAACCUGUCCUGAUCAACUUGACAUUUGUCUUGCUGACCUUGUGGCUGAAUCCCAAUCUGGAUGUUGUCUUCCUAAUUUUGUCGUGUCUCUCUGGCUUUUUCAGAACAAAGCAAUAGCAACCCCAGUCCAGGGUGUGUGGGACAUGAGGAACAAGCAGUUCCACACAGGGAUUGAGAUCAAAGUGUGGGCUAUUGCCUGCUUUGCCCCGCAGAGGCAGUGUACAGAACUACUUCUGAAAGCAUUUACUGACCAGCUCCGUAAGAUAUCGCGCGAUGCUGGGAUGCCCAUUCAGGGCCAGCCGUGCUUUUGCAAAUAUGCCCAGGGAGCAGAUAGUGUGGAGCCCAUGUUCAAACACCUCAAGUACACAUACCAAGGCUUACAGUUGGUGGUGGUCAUCCUACCUGGGAAGACUCCAGUUUAUGCUGAGGUGAAGCGUGUUGGAGACACUGUUCUUGGCAUGCCCACGCAGUGUGUCCAGGUGAAGAAUGUACAGAAAACCACACCUCAGACCCUUUCCAACCUCUGCCUCAAGAUUAAUGUCAAACUGGGUGGAGUCAACAACAUUCUUCUUCCACAGGGCAGGCCCUUGGUGUUUCAGCAACCAGUCAUCUUUCUGGGUGCAGAUGUGACUCAUCCACCAGCUGGAGAUGGCAAGAAACCCUCAAUUGCUGCUGUUGUUGGAAGUAUGGAUGCCCACCCAAGCCGAUACUGUGCCACGGUGCGGGUGCAGCAGCACCGUCAGGACAUCAUUCAGGAUCUAGCCACCAUGGUGAGAGAGCUGCUGAUCCAAUUCUACAAAUCCACACGCUUUAAACCAACGCGCAUCAUCUAUUACAGAGACGGCAUCUCAGAGGGCCAGUUCAACCAGGUUCUACAGCAUGAACUGCUGGCUAUUCGUGAAGCCUGCAUUAAGCUGGAGAAAGAUUAUCAACCAGGCAUCACCUUCGUAGUAGUGCAGAAGAGACAUCACACCAGGCUCUUCUGCAUGGACAGGAAUGAGCGGGUUGGAAAGAGCGGCAACAUCCCUGCUGGCACCACAGUUGACACCAAAAUUACUCAUCCGUCUGAGUUUGACUUUUAUCUUUGCAGUCAUGCCGGAAUUCAGGGAACCAGCAGGCCAUCCCACUAUCACGUGCUGUGGGACGACAACCAUUUCACCUCUGAUGAGCUGCAGGUCCUCACCUACCAGCUGUGCCACACCUACGUGCGCUGCACCCGCUCUGUCUCCAUUCCUGCACCAGCCUACUAUGCCCACCUGGUGGCGUUUCGUGCUCGCUACCACUUGGUUGACAAAGAACAUGACAGUGCUGAAGGCAGUCACACGUCAGGUCAGAGUAACGGCAGAGACCAGCAAGCCCUGGCCAAAGCUGUGCAGAUCCACCAGGACACACUGCGCACCAUGUACUUCGCCUGAACAUAGCCAGAAACAAGCCCUACAUCCUGAAAACAGCACGGUGUGUGUGUGUCUGUGUGUAUUUUUAUGUGUUUGCCUCAAUUGUAUAAAUGAGAACUUUCAAAUGGGGAAAAAA